UUUAGGUUUUAACCGAUUUCCGGUGGUGUAUGUGUCUGAGCUUGACUUUUUAUACCCACGUGCAAGUAAAUAUUGAAAUAAAGAAAUUUGCACCAUGGCUGCUCAAGAGCCUAAUAUUAUGCAGAUGCCAAAUGAAUCUAUGCAGUGGAAAACACUUCUCUUGGACUACAAUAGGUUAACGGAGGACUGCUUUAUAGAUUGUGUGCAUGACUUCACCUCAAAGAAAGCUAACAAGGCAGAGUUGACGUGCACAAAAAAUUGUUUACAAAAGCAAUUCAAGGUGAUUCAGCGUAUUGCUCAACGAAUCCAUGAAUUCCAGUGGAUGAAGGUUGAAGGCAUGGAGGCUUUGACAGUACAAAGAUGAUGAAAAACUAGUGAAAUUAAUCUUUUAUGUUGACAUAUUCAAGUAAUAAUGAAGGAGCUCAUCCUGCUUCUUUGUGACAGAAAAGAGCUGAUAUACCAUCCAUUCUAGAAGAGGACCUGUUUCUGUGCAACCCACUGGGUGUUGGUAGACGAAAUAAUAGGCCUCCUUGUAUGGAAGUGUAUUGAUUAGUGUAUUUUGUUGUUGUUUUUAUGAUAUGAUUACUGUAUUUAUAAUAAAAAUGUCAAAAUCCA